AUGUGGUUCCCGGGGUCGGGGGGCGCCGGGGAUGGGGAUCCCGGCGGUGGCGGUGAACGAAUUAAAAAGCCAGUUCCUCUGCAAGAACAGACUGUUAAGGAUGCCAAGGGCCGAUAUCAGCGUUUCCACGGAGCCUUUACUGGGGGCUUUUCUGCUGGUUACUUUAACACCGUUGGCACAAAGGAAGGAUGGACACCCUCAGCUUUUGUCUCAUCACGGCAGAAGAGAGCAGACAGAACCAUUCUUGGGCCAGAAGACUUCAUGGAUGAAGAGGAUCUUAGUGAAUUUGGGAUAGCACCAAAAGAUAUUACAACCACAGAUGAUUUUGCAUCCAAAACUAAAGACAGAAUAAAAGAGAAAGCCAGACAGAUUGCAGGAGUAGUUGCUGCCAUUCCAGGAACCACUGCAUUUGAUGAUUUAAUAGGACCCUCUAAAAUAACAGUUGGGGUGGAACUGUUACGAAAAAUGGGCUGGAAAGAAGGACAAGGAAUUGGACCACGAGUCAAAAGAAAGCCAUGCAGGCAGAAACCUGAUCCUACAGUGAAAAUAUAUGGUUGUGCCUUACCACCUGGACUGUCCGAGGGUUCUGAGGAGGAAGAGGAUGAAUACCAGCCAGAGAAUGUGACCUUUGCCCCAAAAGAUGUAAUGCCUGUAGAUUUGACUCCAAAAGAGAAUGUCCAUGGACUUGGCUAUAAGGGUUUGGAUCCCUCACAAGCUUUGUUUGGUGUAUCUGGAAGAGAACACCUGAAUCUUUUCACAGGUGGUUCUGAAGAGACAAGUAAUUUACUUGGGGAUCUGAGACAUAGUAAAGGAAGAAAACUGGGUAUUACAGGUCAGGCUUUUGGUGUGGGAGCUUUAGAGGAAGAAGACGAUGAUAUUUAUGCAACAGACACACUGUCAAAGUAUGAUACAGUUCUAAAAGAUGAGGAACCUGGAGAUGGCUUGUAUGGCUGGACAGCACCAAAGCAGUAUAAAUCCAAAAAAAGGCCUGAAAGAGAAUUUAAAUAUAUAGGCAAAAUCUUGGAUGGUUUUUCCUUGGCAUCAAAAUCAUCAAUUCCAAUCAAGGUUUACCCACCACCUCACCUACCCCGAAAUUACAGACCAGUUCAUUACUUUCGACCUGUGCUAGCAGCUGGCAAAGAAAACUCCCAUUUACAGAAGGCAUUGGAGGAAUCCACAGGGAAGCUUGGGAGUGAUCCAGCACAGCAGGGCAGGCAUGCUUUGGAUGCAGCUCAGAGGAGGGAACUGCUGGGAGAGACUGGGCUAAAAGGUCCAGCUCCUUCUGUUUUGGAAUAUCUGUCUGAGAAAGACAGAGAAAGACUCAAAGAAGUGAAGCAAGCAUCUGAACAACAAAUGAAAGCAAAACCAGUAGCUCAGCAGCCACAAAACAGAUUCCAGCCAGCCCCCCCAGAGGAUGCUUCUCCCAAAUGGCAAAUGCUGUUGGGAGGGCAGUUGGCAAAUGCUGGUUCUAGUGACUUCAAACCAUUUGCAAGAAAUCCAGAAAAACAAAAAAGAUAUGAAAAUUUUGUGAAAAGUCUUAAACAAGGAGAAAAAGCAGAUGCACUGGAGCGUUUUUUAGACCCAAAUAUGACGGAGUGGGAGCGGGGAAGGGAGCAGGAGGAGUUCAUCCGGGCAGCCGCCUUCUACAGAUCCUCCAGCUCCACCCUCUCCUCCAGGUUCACACGGGCCAAGUAUGAAGAUGACGUUGACAAAGUCGAAGUUCCUCGAGACCAAGAGAAUGAUCUUGAUGAUAAGGAAACUGCUGUGAAGAUGAAGAUGUUUGGCAAACUCACAAGAGACAAGUUUGAAUGGCACCCUGAUAAGCUGCUGUGUAAAAGAUUUAACGUUCGUGAUCCGUACCCUGAUUCUUCCAUAGUUGGUUUACCAAAAGUGAAAAGAGACAAGUAUUCUGUGUUUAAUUUCUUAACUGUCCCUGAGCCUACCACAUCUGCAACUCAAGCAACAAACAAACAAAGCCAAGAGAAUAACAGCCUCAACAAACCAAAGAAACCUUCAAGGUGGGAUAUGUCAGAUAAAGAAAAGGAGAAAAAAGAUUCUAUCAGUGAAUUCAUUAGUCUUGCUAGAUCAAAAGCUGAUGUUCAGCAGCAACCACCAGUGCCAGCAGCAGAAAAAUGUGCAAGUGGGCCAAGUGAAACUCUUCCCACUGAGGGAGCUAAGGAAGGAAAGGAUCAGGAAGAGGAAAGCAAACGACCACCCAUGGAUUUAUUUAAGGCCAUCUUUGUGAGUUCCUCAGAUGAAAAAUCAUCUUCCUCUGAAGAAGAGAGUGAUGAGGAACAGCAACCAACGACUUCAGUAACAGAGUCAGAAACCACCAAGCAAGUUGAUAAACCAGACAGUUCUUCCUCUAAUGUACAAGAGAGUGUGGCUGCUGCAGCUGAUCCUGGCACUUCUUCGUUGUCUGCUUCAAAGCAGGAACUGGAUGCAGCAGAGGAAUUUGGACCAAAGUUGCCUCCAGCUUUUUCUUCUGGUGCUUGGCAACAGCAAACAGUGGUGCCAGCAAGCUUUCCUGGGCCUAGUAGGAAAGAAAAGCAUAGGAAAACAAGAGAGAAACACAAGACAAAGAAAGAACAUAAACGCAAAAAAGAAAAGAAAAAGAAACAUAAGAAGCAGAAAAACAAAGGAAAACACAAGAACAAAAAAUCAGAAAAAGACAGCAGCUCGGAUACUACAGAGAGCAGUGACAGCCUCAGUGAUAUGGAUACCACAGGCUUGUCACCCAAAGAACUUCUAAGAAGAUUAAAACAACUCCAGUAUUGAAGAAGCCACUUGCUUUCCUCAGUACUGUGUGACUCCAUCUCAAAUGUUUGAUCUCCUCCAUGAUGGUAGAUCAGUGGUGUAUAAUGUGAAGCACUAUAGAUACAGUAUUCAUAUUGAAUUUCUUCAAAAGUGUAUGUGCAUAUGUUUUAUUUUGUGAUGUUUCAUGUGUUCAAAAUGUAUGGAUUAUAGAACAUUGAAAAGACCCCUUUCUGGGCAGCGUAAUCUGAAAUACCACAGGCUCUGUUUUAAUUCAUUAAACAAAGCAUUUUAAUAAACUUAAAUGUUGUUAAA